GGAAAUAUACCAUCUUCAUCCUCAGGCACUCGCGUCCUGGUAUGCUUCAUACUGUGUGUGUGUGUGUGUGUGUGUGUGUGUGUGUGUGUGUGUGUGUGUGUGUGUGUGAGGGGUUGGGGAUGGGAGGGUGGCUCUUCUGUCAUCCACAUCCUCAGCCAAUGGAGAAACCAGCGGAGGAGACACUUUAACCGUGUCUCCGGCGCGGAGCGGACCAGAUCUCUGCGCGCGGCUCCACACAUCCAUCCAUCCAUCCAUCCUCCUCCCGUGCGUGCACCAGCUUCGUCUGCGCAUCAAAAAGUGAGUUUCACGCUCCUGGUUAUGGACCUUCUUCCUUUUUCUCCUUCUUUAUUCUCAUCUUGAGGACUUGUGGAUGCUUUAAGCCGCAGUGGAAGCCUGCUGUGCGGAUGUCCAGCGGGGGAAAUGUCGCUUUACGGACCGCUGGCUCCUGCUUCCCGAGGGGAAUUUAAAGCUAAAGUCAUGAAGUGAACGCUGCAGUUUAUCCAAUGAUUGAGAUCAGCACGCCGACGAUGUUGGACAGAACUGAGCCGGCACACUGCACCGUGUGCUGUUGCACGCUGACCAACAAAAUCCUCAUGGUGCUCUUCAUGGUGCUGCUGAUCUUCGCCAUCUUGUUUGGUAACUUGGUGACUCUGGCCGUGGUUCUGGGGACUAAACACUUCCACACGCCGCAGGGCUACCUGAAGGCGUCGCUCGCGGUGGCCGACCUGGCGGUGGGGAUAUUCGUGGUGCCGCUGUCCGUCUACGCCGAAGUCUAUCUCAUGGUGACUGACUCUGCACCGGAGUGGACUUCGUACAACUCGCAGUCGGUGAGUUUCCACCCGUGCAACGUGAUAGGCCCCAUCUUCGCUGGCUGCACCUUCGUCUCCAUAACGACGAUUUUCCUGCUGACGAUCGAGCGGAGCAUCGCUGUGUUGCGCCCGCUGCACAAGGACUCGGUGAUUACUCGUAAAAGGACCACGAUCCUCAUUGUCCUCUCCUGGGUGGGGAGUUUCUUCUUGGCCGUGUCUCCGAUGGUUUUCAGCAGCGAGAUCGCUCUGGAGUACAACUCCUGCAGCCGGAUGUGUAACUACGCGCUGGGGACCAUUGGCGAGUUCCCCAGCCAGGCCUGGAACAUCCUCCUCCUGUUCCCCGCCUUUGACUUCACCCUCCUCGGCGGCACCGUGGUGAUAAACCUCAUCUCCCUGUCCAGCAUCAGGCAGCACUCGAGGCGCAGGAAACACCUGGCCAUGUCCGAGUGCCAAAACACCACCAAUCCCACCUUCUCCGACAUUAAGGCGGCCAAGACCAUCGGGACUUUAACGGUGGCGUUCACGGCGUCGUUCACCCCCAUCGCAGUCUUUGUCGUGGGGAACGUUUUGGGGAAUAAAUGGUGCAACUUUUCCUUUUUCGCCUUCUGGAUUCUGGCCACCAACAGCUGCUGGAAUGUCAUCAUCUACAGCGUGAGGGAUCAGAAGUUCAGGCUUCGCGCUCACAAGCUCCUCCUGCCUUUCCAGAGAAAAGACACGAGCAAAACCUAAAACAUUCAGGGACCGAGCGCCACCGGACGGCGUCGUGUAGAUGUUUGUCUGUCACACAAACACUUUGUCCGCACACACACAUCGUGAGUCUCGUUGAGAGAUGUGUUUGCAUGUCUUUGGAUUGCCGUUGUGAAACUACUAAGUUUUUUUUUUUACAUCAUAAAAAAAAAAAAAAAAGCAUGGAAAGUUUUAAUAUCACAAGUUAUGGAUAAUAAAAUGUCCGUUUUUUUGUGGACAUUCGUCUUGUUCAGUGUAACGUUGCGAUUACAGAAGCCUGUUUCAGUCUGUGGAAUGAUCGUUUAUCUGACUGUGAUUAAUAAAAACAUGAUGAGAACAGA